AUGGUUGACCUUACACCCGACUUUCGCAAAUUAGUUAAUGAAAUUUCAGCCUCAAGCACAGAGAACGGCAUAAAAAAACGCAUCGAUAUUCUUCCGCCAGUCAAAAAGAAUGUACGGGAAGUGCAAGAUGAAUUCUUGAAGGAAGCUUAUCGAAUAGCUUAUUUGAACGUAUCAAGACAGAAUCCUUCAAAUCUUAAAUAUAGUACCAGUCCCACGUUUUUACUUAAAGACAAUUUGGAUCAAGGAUUAUCACCACGGAUCGAUCCUUCCAUAACGACGUUAACGGAUAAACAACGUGACGAAAUCGACCUACACGCAAAAACAAUAAUUCAACAAUGCCUUAACAGAAUAAAAGAAUUGGAAGGAACCGAACAAGAAUCAAAAUCUCCUUCACGGCCAUCAUCAGUAAUUCAAACUAUAAUAAAUGAAGAAUCAGAAACACCUACGAAAUCUGAUAAUGAAAUGAACAGUAAUAUAGAAAGUGAUUAUGAUAUUGAACAGCACUUAUCUGCAGAGCAGAAAAUGGUACUAGAAAGGGAAAAUGAAUCUAUGAUGAAGGAAUUAGCUACUACAUUAGAGCAAGUGAAGUAUGUAAUAUUCAAAUUUAUUAAUUUUGAAAAAAUGGCUAGAAAUUAA